GUGUGUCUCUCAGCUGAUGCGCGUAACCACCAACCGACUCCAUCAUCAGCAUCCGACGCUGACAACGGUCGAAGACAACCGAGCCGCGGUAGCAACGCAGAACCACUCGGAGCCCGGCCGAACAGCACCGACGCCGUCUUGUGACAAUACUGCUGAUUCCAGGCUGCCAUCUUACCGACCAGCCAGCUGCAGAAACAUGUGUGUGCCCCCACUACCUGCAUUAGGUUGUGAUGACCCACACUACUUCCAAAUGUAUCUGUGACCCUCCCCAAUCCUGACUCCUAACCUCUAAUUCCUGACCUUUGACCUUCACUAUGGGCAGUGUUGGCAGUGGGGUGGCAGGAGAGCAGGAGUUUGCCAUGAAGUCCGUGGGCACGAGGACCACCCUGCCCCGAGCCCCUCCUCUCUCUCGCCGUUGCCCUGCAGACCGCAGCUGCAGCGCCGAGCGGCUGCCUCGCCCCCCGGCGACUAUUUCGGACGGAACGGCGUCAAGCGAUGAGCGAGGCAGUGUUAGUAUCGGGACUGGGACCUGCACCGGGACUGACCGGCCAACAGAGACAGCCUCCUCAACCCACACUGAAUGUACCAUGACCGCCCCCUCCAACAACAACCAGCUGGACUGUGGGAACGUAGCUGUCAGGAGGGAGAGGGAGUGGGACAGGGAGAGGCAGCGCGAGAGGGGCAGGGACCGGGACCGGGACAGAGACUGGGACCGGGAGCGGCUCGAGAGGGAGCGCGAGAGGGAGAGAAACCGGGAGAGGGAGCGGGAACGGGUGGAGAGGGAGAGGCUGGAGCGCGAGAGGGAGCGCGAGAGGGAGAGGGCCCGGGAGAGGGAGAGGGAGAGGAUAGAGAGGGAGAAGAUAGAGAGGGAGAGGGAACGCGAGAGGGAGAGAGAGAGGGAGCGCGAAAGAGAGAGGCUGGAGAAUGAGCGGAUGGAGAGGGAGAGGGAGAGGGAGAUGCAGAUGCAGGCGGCCGGUCUGGAUGUUUGUGGAAACAUUGUGGGUCGAGGAGUCAGCGAGAAGAGCAGUGUGGGCAUGAACCACCACCAGCACAGAGAGAUGGUUGCAACCAGAACCGACAAUGAAAACAAUCCAGUCGGCCACAACCCACCAAACCACAACCCGCCCAAGAUCAUGGCCGUGUCAGGAAAACUGGAGCAGGCGAUGCAGAGCACCUCCGGCCUCGUCCGUCCCUCCGCCUUCAAGCCGGUGGUUCCCAAAAGCUUUCACUCCAUGCAGAACCUGGUGGGCCAGGCGGGAGGGGCCGGGGGCGAAGGAAAGACUGACACCAGGGGCGAGGGGUUCAGUGAGGGCAGAGUAGGCAGGAGAGGCAGAGACGCAGUGGGAGGGGAUGGAGGGGAGGUGCCAGAGGCCCUGCUCCUGGACCAAGACAGUCCAGUUAGGGUCGGCAGGAGUGAUGGAGGGGGAAAUGGUACUGAGGUGGUUCAGGGAGGGAUGUCAGAUUCAGGGAGAAACUCCCUGACUAGUCUGCCCACCUACACAGGCUCGGGGUCUGGCUGUGGGCCCCCAGCGGUCUUAGGGCCCCUCAGUGCCUCUACCAGCCACAUUAACAGGUUGGGCAUGGCGGGGGCAGCUGCAGGUCUGGACAAACUGGACAAACCCGGCUACCAGCAGAACGGGCUGAGCGCCUCAGACAGCGGUCGGUCCUCCUCAGGGAAGAGCUCCUCAUCCUAUCAGAGGCUGAGCCACCUGAGUGACGCUCCAGCACCUCUGCGACCCUCCCCCUCAUCUGAUGACAUCAUCCAGGACCUCGAGGACCGACUGUGGGAGAAAGAGCAAGAGGUACAGCACAUGCGCAGGAACCUGGACCAAAGUGAGGCGGCCAUCAUUCAGGUGUUUGAGGAGAAGCAGCGUGUUUGGGAGCGACAGAUGGACGAGCUGAGGCAGAACUACGCUUCACGUCUGCAGCAGGUUACCCGCCGGGCUCAGCGCUCCCAGACCGCCCUGCAGGCCCAGAUCACUCGUCUGUCUCAGGACAAGAGGAGGCUCCAGGAGGAGAUGGCGGCCCUGUUGGCUCAGAGAGAGGAGCUGGAGAGAAAGUGCCUGGACUACAGGAAAGAACAGGCUGACAUCCUGCCGCGUCUGGAGGAGACCAAGUGGGAGGUUUGUCAGAAAGCAGGUGAGAUUUCCCUGCUGAAGCAGCAGCUCAGAGAGAGUCAGGCUGAAGUGACCCAGCGGGCCGGAGAGAUGGUGGCCCUGAGGGGCCAGCUGAAGGAGCUCAAUGCCCAGCUGAGAGAGCGGGAGGAGGUCAUGCUGGGUCUGAAGGACUCCUACAGCACAAAGUGUCUCGAACUGGAGAAGUGUGAAGGCGAGCUGAGGAGGACACUGUCUGAGGUGUCCAUCCUGAGAGAGAAGCUGGGUGUGUUUGAGGCAGAGGUGCUAAGUUUAAAGCGUGCUCUGAGUGAAGCGAGCAGAGGAGCAGAAGUGAUUGUGAGCCCGAACUUGGCUGCAGCAGGGUUGCUGCCACCGUGGGGAGCUGUCCACUGCCCUCGAAACCCAACUGAGCCCUCCACCAGCUCGCUCACCCCCACAUCCGACACCCUGCUCAGCCUGCAGAGCGAUGAAGCUAAAGCCCAAAGGCAGGAAGCUCAGAGACAGGAGAGGCAGCAGCGUGAAGAAGCUCAGUGGCGCGAUGUGCAGCACCGGCAAGAUACCCAUAUGCAACAGGACAUCCAAAUGGGUCAGAACCCGCAGAUCAGACCGGAGGCCCAGCUCCGCCAGGAGGCCCAGCUCCGGCAGGAGGCUCACCUUCGCCACGAGGCCCAAAUCCGCCAAGAAGCACAGCUGCGUCAGGAGGCCCAGCUCCGCCAUGAGGCUCAACUGCGCCAAGAGGCUCAACUGCGCCAAGAGGCCCAGCUCCGUCACGACUCCCAACUCUGCCAGGACAUGCAGCUGCGUCAGGAAGCCCAUCAGCCACAGCGGGCGCAGGAGGGUCACUGGGAUGAGGCUGGGGAGCUGCGCAGGCAGCUUGAGCAGCUGCAGGGUGUACUGCGCUUGGAGCGGCAGCAGCGGGAACGACAGGCCCUCAACUUUGACCAGGAACGGCACACCUGGCAGGACGAGAAGGAACGGGUUUUGAAGUAUCAGGCACAACUGCAGCUCAGCUAUGUGGAAACUCUACAGAAAAACCAGGCUUUGGAAAAGCGCAUGAGCCAGUUGGGAACCAAGCAAACCACGGUCUCCACCACUACUGUUACCACUACCACCACCACUUCCCCCACCUCCUCCAACUCUCCACCACCAGCCAUGUCGCCUUUGUCUCCUCAGCAACUCCCUUCCUUCUCUGGCCCUUCUUCCCUUUCUGGUCCUUCUUCUCUCUCUGGUCCUUCUUCUCUUUCUGGUCCCCCUUCCCACUCUGGACCUCCAUUUCUCUCUGGUCCUCCUUCCCUUUCUGGUCCUCCUUCCCUCUCUGGUCCUCUUUCUCUCUCUGGUCCUCCUUCCAUCUCUGUUCCUCCCUCCCUCUCUGGACCCAUCGCUCUCACUCUCUCUCCUCCCUGUGAAGACCAAAAGGGCCCCCCCUCGCUCCACCAGCUCGCUCCUCCAUGGGCCGGACCAUCACGCCUGGAGAGGAUAGAAUCUACAGAGAUAUAGACACAGAUUCAUGAAGCUAAUGCUAGUUUUUUUUCUACGCUCACAGUGGUGAGGCCUCUUACACAAAACCCAUUUCAGCAUACAAUAGAAAACAAGGUCUAAAACAAUCACUUUUUUCAAAGCAACAAACCUAUCAGGAACAAACAUCAUAUCAACAGGAAACUGAACUAGAUUCUGCAUUAUCGCUGAAUUUUUAACCUCCUAAGAGGCCUUUCUGUCUCUCUUAGUGUUGCACACGGAUACAUCUUACAUUAUCAGAAACGUGUGCCAUGGGUUUGGGUGGCAAAACAAUGAAAAAAAUUUUAAUUACAGACCUAAUACAUGCAUAAUUUAAUUCCCAUGCUAGAAAAGGAACAAGACAAUCAGGGAUAUUGUCGGAAAUGAUCAACAAGAAUAUAUUGUGCUGUUUAUUCAUUGUAAGUCUAUGUCACUGGUUAUGUAAAAGUAGAAUUAGUGGUCAGAGUGUGUGACGUCAACUUACAUUUUGGCCAGAGAGCGCCUUACCCCAUCAUUCCCAGCAAAGUGUAAGAGAGCAAAUUAGUGAUGGGAACUGAUAAAAAAAAGAUAGAGAGCAUGGUUAUUUAUUUUCAGUGCUUUAACUGUAAUGCCGGCACACCAGCUGCGCAAGACUAUUAUACGGGGCUGGACUGUUUUCUUUUUUAAUCUCAGCAGAUGUUGACCCCUGAGGUCUCACACACAUACACAAACAUACACUGCACAGGGUCCAACACACAUGGCCCAUUUAAACACUAAGACCAAGAGAAUUUAUAUUUUCUACAAAUUGAAUUUAAAUACGAUUGCUUAGCAGAUAAUCAGCCCAAACUGAGUAUAGAUGACAUUUUUAAGAGAACUCCAUCAGCUCUCAUUUUAGAUUCUCUGCAGUGACCAAAAAUGAAGGUCACAUGAGCACGUUUCCAGCUGAACUCCUUCACUGAACUGCAAGAACGUGAAUGUACGCACACAGUUUGAAUUUGAAUAAUGUUAUGAUAAUUGUGUCUCUGUGCAUUCACUGCCAAGAAACCAGCCAGUCAGUCAGUCAGGCAGGCAGUUGGUACCCCAAAAGGGAAAGAUUUUAUAGAAUGUAUGAUAUACUUGCAGAAAGAUAUACCUAUUAUAGUUAUAGAUUGUAAAUGUGCGCGUGUGAGGAGGUAUGAAAGAGAGUGUGUGCAUGUGUGUAUACAUAUGAAAAGCUUCAGCUUAUGAGAUUGAAGAUACGAGGGACUAGUGGCAAUACAAACUAAGAAAUAUGAAGGGAAAAGAUGCGAUGCUUAUUCAAAAACAUUGAGACAUUUAAAAUGGAAAUAAAAACACAAUCCAAUGCUUUGCAAAUCUCUUACAAGUGGAUAAAAUGAGCUGUCUUGCAAUCUCCCGGAAUGGCACUGAGACGAGGGACGUCUGGGUUUGUUAUCCGGGCAGCUGCAGUAAGUGGAAUACCACCAAUGGUUGGACGAUAAACCCAUAUUUUAUUCACUAUGGGAGAUAGAAUACAUGUUAAAUGUGGAAACUAAUAUAUUACACCAUUUGUUCAAGAUUGUUUAAUAAUAAUCAAACCAAAAAAUGAAAGUAUGGAGACCAGUUGCUGACGUUUUUGGAGGACAGUGCUAUCCCAAUCUUGUCCGAAACAGAAUAGUUGUUCAAUAGUCCUGGGUCGCAGGCAAAUUCAGCCCCUGUUGAGAACAAAUGCUGCUCUGAAACCUGUUUAUACUCACUGUAUUCAUUACUGCAGCUUUGCAACAAAUCUGACUUGAGAUGACUUGAGGUUUGUUCCUCUCAUGCAGGAAGCAGCCAUCAAAAGAUGGGUACACAGUGGUCAUAAAGGGGUGAACAUGGUCAGGAACAAUACUCAGGUAGGCAGUGUUUAAACAAUCUAUAGUUGAAUCUAAGGGGCCUGUAAUGAGCAAAAAAUCUAUUUUAUUUAAAUUUACUUUUAAGAGAUUCAACAUUAGAACAGCACUGCUGCAAAUGGCAGUCAAGAGUUUCUUAUCUGGAAGGUAGACCAUCCAAGAUGCUGGUCAGUCUGUGGUUCAAGCAGGGGACUUCAAGUGCCCUACUGUCUUGUUCAUGAGAGAGGAUAGGAUAGAGGAGGAGAUAAAUAGACAGGAACUUCAGCUACAGUCAUGCAGGCACUUCUCCCAUCUGCUGAUGUGAAGAAGGCUGAACCCAAUUGGUGCAUCUAUGUACUCUUCCCUUUCCAUCAUCACAAGAUAUGGGUUAGGACAGAAAAAACAAGAUCUUGAGUAAAAAUGGUCAAAAUGGGCUUCUUCUCUAAUCUCACCGUAACUUGUAGAGUGAAGAGCUCAUACUGCAGCAGCUGCUCUUCAACUCUGAGAGAAGUCAAUUGAAAUGGUUCGGGAAUCUUCUCAUGGUGCUUCCAAGGAGCAUCCCUAUGAAGGCUUUCAUGGUACGCCCGUUUGGGUGAAGACUCUUAUGAUGGCCGAGCAUUGGCUUGAGGAACUAUAUAUGUAUCCCUUCUGGGAAAGCCUUGGGAUCCGCCUGAAUGAGCUGGAGAGUGUUGCUGGAAAGAAGGUGUCUGCAUGUCCAACUGUUACCCCAAUGGCCCAAUCUGAGAUAAAAGGGAGAGAAUGGAGGGAUGGAAACUGUGGUACAAUAUCUUAGUUUGUACAUUUAGUAUGUUUACUAAAUUAUCUUCCAGUGAAUAAACUAUGAGUGUAGAGCAGGGGUCUCAAACUUCAAUCCUCAAGGGCCGGUGUCCUAUAAUCUUUAGAUGUCUCUCUGCUUCAACACACCUGGCUUUAAUAUCAACACACCUGGCUUUAAUAUGUGCUCAUUAGCAUAGAUCUAUAGAGCUAGGCUGAAUGAUAGUGACACAGUUUCACAAUUUAAUUCAAGUGCGUAGGACAAGGGACACAUCUAAAAGUUACAAGUCCUUGAGGAGUGCAGUUUGAGACCACUAAUUUAGAAGAUUUGCUAACCAUUGCAUUGCGCUUUUAUUUACGUUUAACAGAAUGUUACAGCUUUUUAAAAUUUUGGUUGUAUAAAUAAAAGGUACAUAAAAGCUUGUGAGACUAAAAUUUUACAUCGAGGGUGUGUGCAUAUCUAGAAAACUCUUACUUUCUUCUGUAUAAUUUGCAUAGACAAAAGAAGGAGGAAGUUUUAAAAAAAUAUCUAAAAAGUGGAAAGUUUGCCUUUUUAAAGGAGAGCAUUCAGGCUAACUGCACUAUGUAGUGUCCUACACAUGAGUUAUGAUGUACAGUAGAGUCAGAUGUGAAUAUCACGGCUUUUAUAACUGUUGUUAAUGCCAGCAUUAAAAAAAAAAGUUGCUCAAGAAUAUUAACUUAUCUAUAAGGUAUUACAUAGUAUUAUCAUCUUUAUUACUGUUAUUAUAUUAUGGUGAAUUGAAGGAUGAAAAAAUAUGUGCCAUUUUAGCUUUCCUUUCUGUGUUUUUUUAACUGUGUAGCUAGCCAAUUGGCUGCCCAUAAUGGUGCAAUCAUAGCAAACUUGUCCCAAAAAAAAAAAAACAAUGUUCCUUUUGUUGUAGGUGAUGUAGUUACAGUAUUGCAUUGUUUAGAGAGAAAAAUGCUUCUGGUUUUAUACAUGUUUCAAAUUUUUAUUGUUUGCAUUUAUGUUAGUAGUACUGCUCUGGCUUGAUUAAAACCAUUAAUUUGUUAAGAUUCAGCAGAACUAAUAAAGAUAUGUGAAUUAUUCAGC